AUGUAUACGAAUGUCUUCAAGCAGUCCUACCGUGACCAACAUAGACGUCAACACGUUUCUACAUUUUCUCCAUCAUUCGUGGAUUGUGUAUCAACUGUUACUGAACGGAAAUAUGCAGUAAAAUUACGUCGUCGUCGUGCCCAAGCAACACUUUCUUUUUAUGAUAAUACCGAAGCUGACGAACACGAAACUGUCGUAUCAAAAUGGACAAUUGUACGACAACGUUUACCAGAUAUUUUGGCUCUUAGUUCGGCUUAUAAACCAAAGAGCAUGCGCGCACAACUAGUUCUACUAGUUGCUCUAAUCAAUAAACAAUCAGGACAAGCGAAUAACGAAGAGCCUGAACUAAUGUCAAACGAACAGACUAAAAUUAUUCCACACAUUGUACCCAGCAGUGUCAUUCUUGAUAUAAGUGGCCGUAGUCGACUGAUAUUCUUAAAACGUAUUCCAUCUCAACAGAUGAUCCAUGUCGAUAUUGAUAAUCUAUCGUUUUCGAUUCCGACGCGACAGUUUAUUUUCGCUAUUAGCCGUGGAAAUGCACAGCAAGCAGCAGCCAAGUUCUGUCCACCAGCUAUAAGUGAGAUGCUAAUCGAUUUAUCGAAAACUAAAGUCAAUCAAGAAAGUCUUCAGUAUCAACGCGCACAAAUCAAGAUGCGUCUCGGGCGAAUGCUAUUCUUCUUCCUAUUCAUUCUGAUUAUUUCAAUGAUGCUUACUUUGAUAAUUGCAGCUGCUCAAUCAGUUUUGGAACUGAAGUCACGUAAUGAUUCCUUUCCAUUCAGGCAAAUGCCGUCGUUCGAUUAA